CGUCGACCUCAGAUGACGACCACGGUGCAGGAGAUUGUCAUUGUUGGCGGCGGCUACGCUGGCAUCCAGCUCGCGCAGGCCCUCGCAGCAAGCUUGCCGGCGACCGUUGCGCACGUCACCGUCAUUGAGCAACAGUCGUUCUCGUUCCAUGCGAUCGGCGCCCCGCGCGCAUUCGUGGACAAGAGCUUUGUACCCAAGCUCUUUAUGCCGCUCGACAAGGCGCUGCCUGCCCACGCGACCCUUGUGCGUGGCGUCGCCGAGUCGAUAUCGGCCAACGACGUGGUCGUGCGCUCCAUCACCGCCGACAACGAGCGUAGCGAGACGACGCAGUCGAUUCGGUUUGAUCACCUUGUGCUGGCCACGGGCAGCUCGUACCCCGCGCCGAUCAAGGUCGCCAACAACGUGUACAACCGGUCGACCAUCGAGGCGUCGCUCCUCGAGACGUACGACCGCAUCGCUGCAGCGUCCAGCGUCUUGAUUAUCGGUGGCGGCGCCGUCGGCUGCGAAAUUGCUGGCGAGAUUGCGACAACAUACCCGGGAAAGACAGUCACGCUUGUCGACGGCAGCAAGGAGCUCGUGUCAACCGCUGUGGUUUCCGACAAGUUUCGUUCCCGCCUUGCAGACGGCCUCACGCAGCGCGGUGUCAAGCUCAUUCUUGGCGAACGGCUGCCAGAGCGGCUCACGGCGCACUCGUACACGACCCAAACGAUCACGCUCUCGGGCGGCACCCAAGUGAUCUCCGACGUGCAGCUCGUGUGCGCGGGUAUCACACUCAACACGUCGCUCGUCGCGACGCUGGAUCCGUCGCUGGUGACGCCCACCGGCAUCAAAGUCACACCAGCCUUCCAAGUCGACGACCCCAAGUACCCGAAUGUCUACGCUCUCGGCGAUGCGAGCAACCAUCCGUCGCCCAAGAUGGCGUACAUUGCCGGCGAGCAAGCCAAGUUCCUCGCCGCCGGCCUCGUCAAGAAAAUUAAAAAGGGCACGCCACUGGCGCCGUUCGCGGCGGGGUCGACCCAAGGCCUACUGAUCCCGAUUGGCCGUGACGGUGGCGUUGCACAGCUCCCCAUCUUUGGUGGCAUCUUUGCCGGCGACUGGCUCGUGCGCAUGGUCAAGAGCAAGGAUUACUUUGCGACCAAGACGUGGGCCACGUGGAACGCAGCGCUGCCGCAGUAAAUGCAUGAUGUUUGUGAAUGGAUACAACUACGAUCUUACUGUUUGGGUGGCAUUGGUGCGAGGCAGCCGCGAGCGACGCGAGAUCGUUUCCGGCCCGUUUGAAUCAGACGCGAGUGGCCUUUUCAACAGUGCGUAUAUGUCC